AUGGGCUGUCUGGGCGGCAAAACAGAUGAAGAACGACUGGAUGAAAAGGCAAAGAGAGAAGCAAAUAAGAAGAUUGAGAAGCAGCUGCAGAGGGAACGACAGACGUACAAAGCUACACACAGACUCUUACUGCUUGGUGCAGGAGAAUCGGGUAAAAGCACCAUUGUCAAACAGAUGAGGAUUCUUCAUGUGGACGGCUUUAAUGCUGAGGAGAAGCAGCAAAAGGUUCAGGACAUCAGGAAGAACGUGAAGGACGCCAUCGUGACAAUUGUGUCAGCUAUGACUAUUCUGGCUCCGCCCAUUCCCCUGGGUAACCCUGGUAACCAGUUCAGAGCGGACUACAUCAAGAGCAUCGGUCCUCUGUCUGACUUUGAAUACACCGAGGAGUUCUUUGAGCAUGCUCAGAAGCUAUGGGAGGACGACGGUGUGAAGGCGUGCUUUGAGCGUGCCAAUGAAUAUCAGCUGAUUGACUGCGCUCAGUACUUCCUGAAUCGGCUGGAAUCAGUUCGGAGGCCCGAUUACUCACCCACCGACCAGGACCUGCUGCGCUGCAGAGUUCUGACUUCAGGGAUUUUUGAAACCAGUUUUCAGGUGGACAAAGUCAACUUCCAUAUGUUUGAUGUAGGAGGACAGCGGGACGAACGCAGGAAGUGGAUUCAGUGCUUCAACGAUGUGACCGCCAUCAUCUUCGUGGCAGCGAGCAGCAGCUACAACAUGGUGAUCCGUGAGGACAACUCCACCAAUCGGCUGCGAGAAUCUCUGGACCUCUUCAGAUCCAUCUGGACCAACAGGUUCCUGAAGACUAUUUCAGUGAUCCUCUUCCUGAACAAACAGGAUGUUCUUGCUGAGAAGAUUCUGGCUGGAAAGUCGAAGCUGGAGGAUUAUUUCCCAGAAUAUAACAACUACCAGCUUCCUGCUGAUGCUGUUCCAGACACUGAUGAAGACCCCAAAGUGAUGAGGGCCAAGUUCUUCAUCAGAGAUGAGUUUCUGAGGAUCAGUACAGCGAGCGGUGACGGCAAACAUUACUGCUACCCUCACUUCACCUGUGCUGUUGACACCGAGAACAUCCGCCGUGUCUUCAACGACUGCCGUGACAUCAUCCAGCGGAUGCACCUGCGGCAGUAUGAACUGCUCUGACUGCUGGGCGCCGCCUGGCCCCGGCCACUCUGAAGAAGCCGAUAAGUAAUGGAAGCAGAUAGCCGAUCAAUGCUCAUAGCGUUUGUGAUAUUUAUUAGUGAUUAUAGAUUAGGACAGACUCUUAUUAGCUGUGUGUUCCAUGUUCUUUAUGUCCUGCAGGGCAUUGUGGUCAGAAUUAUUGGCAUGGCAGCAAUGUGUCAUGUGGGAGGAGGUGGAGUCUGGAAAUCUAUUUUUACAUGUUAUUUGUGUUAUCUUUGCUCUGAUUGGCUGAUCCAUUUGAA